AUGGAUCGGCCGGCGUCUGUGCCUUUCACCGUCCGCGUCCUCGAUGACGGCUUCAAUCAUGCAACCACUCCCGCAAGGGCCUCGCCGCCCGGAGCCUUUGGCGACCUCCUCCCGGCAACCAGCCGAGCACAACACGACCACAUAAUCGUGCCGCGAGCCGACGACCCAGAGUUCCUGGGCCGAGAGCUCUUCGUCCGACGUCUGAACGAUGUCCAGGACCUCCUCUGGAUUUGCGGGCGUCCGAUGCCCCCGAGGCCCCUCCACUAUCAGUUGCUCACCUCGCGGGAGAUUCAUGUCACAGAGAACCCCGAGCUUCACCUAGUAUGGGCCAAGAACCGCAUCUUCGUCAAGCCGAUACCCCGGUGGCUGCUGGACCCAGACUUCUGGGCCGCACACCUGCUUGUCACCACCACCACCACCGACGACGGCACCAGCAGUAGUGACGGAAAGAGACAUCAGUCCGAUCCGCGAAGGGAGCUGGUCGCCUGCGCGCUCGGAUUCUUGUUCUCCUACACGGCCCUCGUCGCGUACGAGAGCGACUUCCGCAUAGCCGUUGAAAAGGGCCUCAUGCCGCCGCAAGUCAGCUGGGACCGAUGGAGGGCAUUAUCGGCGCAAAUCGUGCAGAACCACUGUUAUGCGUCCGUAAACCCGCGCUACUGGUACGGCGAGCUCCGACUGAGCCGCUUGAACAAGAUCUAUCGGUUCCGCCUGGGGUAUUUGCUCCGGGGGUACUCCAAGGUUGCUUCUCAUGCGGUUUAUGAGGACCUGCUCCGGGACAACUUUGCGGCGCUGGCUGCGGUUCUUGGUUAUGUCGUCAUUGUCCUCACAGCGAUGCAAGUUGGGCUGGCCACUGAUCAGCUCGUGGGCGACAAGUUGUUCCAAAGCGUGAGCUAUGGCUUCACCGUCUUCUCUAUACUGGCUCCUCUCAUUGCUUGCUUCGGCAUCGUUGCCAUCGUGGUGGUUAUGUUUUAG